AGACACACAGAGACUAGAGGGGCCUACCAGACAAAGUCAGGAUAUGACAUCAUUUACAGGAAGAGAAGCCAAACAACUUUUUUCCUUAACUUUUUGAGCCUAUGCAGUGUUGGUUGGUGAAGUUGGAGCCUUUACGUCUGUCUGACUGGGAGGGAGCUUACAGAGGAACUAAGUGAACAGAUCUGCUUUUAUUGUAAACUUCAAGGAUUUUAAAGUCAAGGGCAGCAAAAGAGAGAUUCUCUUUGGCGUUCCCACAACUUUCCACAGAAUUCCAAGCCCUCCACUCUGGGAUCCUAGCCAGAAGCCAGAAAUGCACUUGUAUGUUUGUGUGGAACAUUUAUUACUCAAGAGAGAAUGUCAAACCCAUUCCAAGGGUUUAAAUCCCUAAUUAAAUUCAGGACGCUGCAAUGAUAUUCGCUUUAUCUAGCAGAGUCGUUCCUUUUUGGGAUCCAUUGUCACUAAAAAGUUCAACUUAAAAAGUUGAACUUGAUCAAAUUAGGCAAUGAGAACAGACUAAUUUAAUUGCAGGAACCACAUGAAUGCUCACAGAGAACACACACACCCUUAAACCAUACACUAUAAAGAUUCCUCAACUUCAAGUCCACGAUUAAGACACUAUGGCUUUGUGUCUCGGACAAGUGUUUAGUAAAGAUAAAACGUUCAGGCCUCGGAAGAGGUUUGAACCCGGAACCCAGCGCUUUGAGCUGUACAAGAAAGCCCAGGCGUCUCUUAAGUCGGGUCUGGACUUGAGGAAGGUGGUUCAGCUACCGGAGGGGGAGAGCAUCAACGACUGGAUUGCCGUGCACGUAGUAGACUUCUUCAACCGCAUCAACCUGAUCUACGGUACAGUCAGCGAGUUCUGCACAGAGCGCACCUGCCCUAUCAUGUCCGGGGGUCUUCGUUACGAGUAUCGGUGGCAGGAUGGGGGCGAAUAUAAGAAGCCCACCAAGCUUCCAGCUCUGAAGUACAUGAACCUGCUUAUGGACUGGAUUGAGACACUAAUCAACAAUGAGGACAUCUUCCCCACCAGAGUAGGUGUUCCUUUUCCCAAGAACUUUCAGCAGGUGUGCACGAAGAUCCUGAGCCGUCUCUUCCGGGUCUUUGUGCACGUAUACAUUCACCAUUUUGACAGCAUCUGCAGCAUGGGGGCCGAAGCCCACAUCAACACCUGCUACAAACACUAUUAUUACUUCAUCUCUGAGUUUAGCCUCAUUGAGCACUCAGAGCUAGAGCCACUGAGAGCAAUGACAGAGAAGAUCUGCAACUAAACAUAUUGGACAAUGGCGUUUUCAUCGUUUUAGCAUUCCUGAGCCCUUCAACAGAGCAAUAUCUUCAAUAACAACACUCAAACCAAAGAACAAUUUUUUUACUUGAGUGUUUUUUGGUGUGAAGUGGAUGCCCUUUUGUGCAGUACUGCAUUGUUCACAAACUGUAAAUGUUUAAGUGAGUGGUAUAAGCUGAAGUACUGUCCGAAUCUUUAUUUGGUGCUAUUUAAAAACAUGACUAACUCUUGCUUUUGUUUUUUUGCUUUAAUUAUUUCCAGAUUGUACUUUUAUUUUGUUUGUCAAGUUUACAGUUUUGCGAUUGAUAAUUCCAAUGACUUCUUUUAGCAUGGGAUGAAAAGUGUUUUUGUCGUUUGAGUUUCAUAAUAACCAGAAAGUGUUUCGUAUCUUGGCAUACUUCUUUUAGACAGUGACCCAAAUAAAACUUUCCUGGGAAUGAAAG